CUGCUUUUUCUCACUCAAAAACUUCCUGUAACCUGAAAACUCAACUAAUUCUCACAACCAUUAGUCUCCGGCAAUGUCGCCGGAGAUCCCGGAGGCUCCACCGCCAGACUCGUAAUUCUUCAUUUCACAAUUUGAAUUGGCGAAACCUGACCCGAAAAAAUCUAAGUAAUGGCUCACAAUCUCAAGCACCGGGUUUUCACGUGCCUUACCAAGCUCUCCGACCGUGAUACUCAGUCUAUAGCGACGUCUGAACUUGAAUCCAUUGCUCGGACUCUUGAACCGAACCAGUUCCAAACUUUUCUCUCCUGCAUUCACUCCACCGACACUUCCGACAAGUCUCCCGUACGGAAACAAUGCGUUAACCUCUUGGCGGUUCUCUCGGAGACUCACGGGAACACUCUCUCGCCGUACCUGACCAAAAUGCUCUCCUCCAUAACCCGGCGGCUCCGCGACCCGGACUCCUCGGUCCGAUCCGCCUGCGUCAACUCCGUCGCCGCGCUCUCCUCGCAAAUCACGAAGCCGCCGUUCAGCUCGUUUCUGAAGCCUCUCUCCGACGCGCUCUUCACGGAGCCGGACUUGCCCGCGCAGAUCGGAGCGGCGCUGUGCUUGGCUUCGGCGAUCGACGCCGCUCCGGACCCGGACCCGGCCAGGCUGGCGAGGAUGUUGCCGAGGUUUGAGAAGUUGCUGAAAUGCGAGAGCUUCAAGGCAAAGUCGGCGCUUCUAGCGCUGAUUGGGAGCGUGGUUGGUACCGGUGCGGCGUCGUUUGGAGGAGUGGUGAAAAACUUAGUGCCUUGCUUGGUCGAGUUCUUGAGUAGCGAGGAUUGGGCGGCGAGAAAGGCGGCUGCGGAGGCGCUACUUAGUUUGGCGGUGGUUCAGAGAGAGACGCUGCCGGAGUAUAAGGCUAACUGCUUGAAAGUGUUCGAAACUCGUCGAUACGAUAAGGUUAAGGCAGUUAGAGAGGUUAUGAAUGAAAUGAUAGAGGCAUGGAAGCAAAUUCCUGAUGUUUCGGAUGAGCUAUCACCGCCACCACCAUCAGCUUCUUCUUCCAAAGAGAAUGGAGGUGAUGGAUGUUACCUGUCUGGGUCCAAAAAUUCUCGUGGUGCUGCUUUCGAAACUCCUCAAUUUAGGAAGAGACCCGUUGUAACUAGCCGGUUGACUCCAGCUGAUAGUUCAUCUGCCACCACUGCUAGGAAGAGAAGUCCUUUGAAGAGCAAUGACAAGAAACCAAAUUCAGCAUUGUUCCGGAAGCUAGGCAACAAGAAACCUUCAGACUGGAAAGUUGAGAUUGCAGUAUCUAAUGCUUCUGGAGCUUUUGAGGUUGAUUGUAAGGAGAGAAAUGAGAAUAUCCCUGAGGGAAGGAGUUUUGAGAAAAAUAAGUUAACAAAGCCUGAAACAAAGCGGGCACUUUUCAGUAAGAAUGUUGAUGGGUACAAGAAUGGAUCUCGUGUGGCUCCAUGUCAAGAGGAGAGCCCAGCAUCUACUGUUGUUGUCAGCAAUAAUGUUACUGAGGAUUUACGUAAGAACCACAAAGAGAGUGAGGAUUUAUCUUUGAUCCGUAACCAACUUGUUCAGAUCGAAAAUCAGCAAUCCAGUCUACUAGAUCUCCUGCAGAGAUUCAUUGGGAGCUCACAAAAUGGAAUGCGCUCUUUGGAGACACGGGUGCAUGGCCUAGAGUUAGCACUGGAUGAGAUCUCAUAUGAUCUAGCUUUAUCAACUGGGAGGAUGACUAAUGCUGAUUCCCUCAGAAUGAAAUGUUGCCUGCUGCCUGGUGCAGAUUUUUUGAGCUCCAAGUUCUGGAGGAAGACAGAAGGCCGGUAUUCAUCCUCAAGGUUUUCUGCUUCCAGUGCCACCCCUUCUGUGCCUGUUAAGCGCUACAGAGCUGAUUUGAAUGGAAAUGCUGAAACCGUGAGUUCAGAGAACCGUAGAAUUCGGCUGCAGGGUGGUGGUGGGUUCAUUGUGAAUCCACUGGCAGAGAUUCAGAGUGAUUCAAGGGGUAUUUCAGAGGUGGCACAUCGCUAAUCAAUGGACAGACAGCAGAUCUGAUGCAUAGUUUGGGCUGGAGCUUUGAGUUUCCUCCCAUUAUAAUUUCAGUUUGGUGAAAAUACCAUCAAAUGAUUAAAGGGUGUGAAGACUUAAGAUGAUCACUUUAUGGAUAUAUUUGGCUCGUCAUGAAGUAGCUUAUUGCAAAUUAUGUGAUGAAAGCAGAUCCUUCUAAUAUAUCACAUAUGGAAGUAGUCUCAAGAUUCUCUUGGAAAAGCCAUAAAGAAGCUAAUUCACUUAAAAAUUCAUCUGGUGCAGCAUUGAUUUUUCUGUAUGAUUCUUUAUUGUACUAAAAUUGAGAACUCGCUCAGAGAGUGAGCCACUAAAUGCCACUAUAGAGGGUGAAAUGUGUAUAGAGGAGUAGAAUUUACUUUUACCUUCUUUUUCUUUUUUUCUUUUUUGGAGAGUCGUUCUCUUUAUUUUGAUUCAUAAUUACUCGAUCUAGAAAAGGCAGUGAAGAUUUGGAUACUAUCAUUGUGAUGAGCAUGCCUAUAUGGUUCAAUUUA